AUGGAGAUGACAGCUAUCCGCCUUUUCAGCUUAACAAGCAAGAUCAACCAAGUUAAAGGAACAUACUUUGGAAGACUACGGCAUUUCUUAGACGUCAUUGAUCCACGCACGUUGUUUACAUCUGAGAAAACUCUAGCCCAGUCCAUACAGCUUCUUGACGAUUUUAAAAAUGGGAAACUACCACCAGACAUCACAAACAAACAAUUAUGGGAAGCUCAGAAAAUCAAACAGGCAAUCAUUCAUCCAGAUACGGGAGAGAAAGUGUUCAUGCCUUUCAGAAUGUCCGGAUUUGUUCCAUUUGGGGCUCCAGUUGUGACUGGGCUGCUGCUGCCAAACCCGACUCUACUUCAGACUGUCUUCUGGCAGUGGCUGAACCAGUCCCACAAUGCCUGUGUUAACUAUGCAAACAGGAAUGCCACCAAGGCCACACCUUUGAAUCGCUUUGUGUUGGGAUAUGUUGGGGCAGUGUCCAGUGCUGUGUCCAUCGCAGUAGGUUUGAAUAUCCUCAUUAAAAAGUCCAGCACGUUCAGUCCCGCCAAAAAACUGCUCAUACAGAGAUUUGUGCCCUUCCCUGCUGUGGCAAUGGCCAGUACCUGUAACAUUCUGCUGAUGAGGUACAGUGAGCUAUUUGAGGGCAUUGAGGUGUUUGACUCCACUGAUAAGGUCAUAGGCACAUCCAAGAUUGCUGCUAAGAAGGCUUUACUGGAGACAGCUAUCACCAGGAUGAUUAUGCCAGCCCCUAUCCUCCUCAUUCCCCCUGCUGUCAUGGCAAUGCUAGAGAAAACGCAUUUUUUACAACGGUACCCUAAGGCACACCUUCCUCUGAACGCCCUGGUGUGUACGCUGGCCUUUGGUGGGGCAUUACCCUUAGCUAUAGCCCUGUUUCCACAAAUCUCUAAAGUGAAACCUUCCACACUUGAGCCAGAGAUCUGUUCAGCCACCAAUGAGAGUCACCUGUUUUAUAAUAAGGGCCUGUAAAGAGUUGUCAGAACCAUGAUCGGCAUAAAGUGGCCUAGCAAUGGUUGGUUACAUGCAUCACCCACGUAACAGCUUGGACCACACCUGUCAACUUUGAUAUAUGGUGCUAUAUUUGUUUGAAGAUUUGCGCAUGAAUCAUUUCAAUAUUUUUAAAUAUCAAGACUUUUUCUAUAUGAAUCCCAGUUAAAAGCCAGAUAGGACCUAAAACUGCCUCCUGAAAAUUCCAACACAAUGGUUCUCAGGACCUAUAUCUCAUUGAAUUAAUAAAGUCUCAUGUUGUUGUUGUUUUAAUGUUAUUCCAGAGUUUUACCCUGUUUGUGACAAGUGCCUAAAUGUUUUGUGAAGAUUUUACUGUCUCAUGACUGGAUGGUUCAGGAUGUUAAUCAUAGUCUGCCUUUUACCAAGACUCUUUAUAUUAUUGGAACUUGUAUUCUCAACUCUCAACUUGUUUUAUUUUUACUUGAUUUUUUAAAAUUAUUUUCUUGAAGUUUUGUCAUAUUUGUCACAUGUUGUCAGUAUAUAUGUAUAUGAUGCACAUUUUGAGGAUUAACCACUGGAAUGCAACUUUGCAGAGAGAUUGGCGCUGUAUGUAUGUAUAUACGUUUUAUAAACGUUUUUUGUAUAUAGAAAAUGUGUAUCAUUGUAUGGUACUCGUCUCCAACCACAACAAGGCAAAAGUAGUGUGGGUUCAAUCCCACGCUUGGACAAAGAAUUUAUACAUCCCCCCCCCCCCCCCCAAUCUCAUUGUCUGUGGUGUCUUGGUGAUUUAGCUCGUGGGGAAGUUUAGACAGUCUUGUACACUCGUUGAUGAUCUUUUGUCAUCCAUUAUGCAGGAUGCUGGCAAGUUUAUCAGUAACUUGGUUUCCUCCAUGUUUCAAACUGAUCGACAUCCUAUAUGUGUGGAAAUAAUUGAAUAUGGCACGACAAUCAAAUAAAUAAGCGAAUGAAUAUACUAAUGAUGUUCGAAGGAAACAUAAAUACCUAUAAAGGUAUGUUUUACUACCUGCGAUUUUAAGUCUAUUUCACCUGCACAAGCAAUUAUAAAUGCUGUGUUUGGACAAUCAUGAAGUUUGAAGGCAUUAAGGUAUUAACUAGUGUAGUUUAUAAUUCCAAGUUAAUGACACAUGUAGAUAAAUAGGAAAGGAGAGUAUGAGAGAUACAGAUAUGUGUUUACCUAACCUGGAGACUAGGCUGGCUGUCUAAUCUGUAUGAUGUGUUAUUUCAUGAUACUGAGUCAAAUGUUUUUUGCAUACCCUAAAUGACCUAAAACUCGGUGGCAAAUAAAUGUCAUGGGACACUAGUAUUGCUUCUAGUGCUAAAAUUUACAUUUUCCUAAUAGGAUAUCAUCCUACCUUCCACAUACCCCUCAAAGCACCUUUCUGAAAUCAAUAAAAGCCCCAGAAUCUGGAAAAAUGAGCAACAUAGUCAUGGACGAAAUUUUAGGUCAUUUAGGCAUAUGUUACAAGUACACCUGUAUAAUCAUUUAUCCGAAAAUCUGAAACAGUUGUUACUUUAAAGGUAUUUGUUGACCUGUGUUUACAUCUUGUCAAAGGCUGGUAUUUACUUUCACCUUGAACACUUUUGCCUGAAUCUAGUAAAUCUAGUUACUGGUAUUAAUGGUUUAUGAAGGUGAUACUCAUCAUCAGAUGUUACCCAGUGAACGUUUCCCGUUCAGAGAACAACGUUUUAAAAUGCAUGGAUGUCCUCUCUCGUUAAAGUUUGGUCUGCCUCACAUGAUCUUUAUUAAAUAGAUGUGACAUUCAGAGUUUAGAAUCGAGUGAAAAAAUUGGCCGAUUCGCUGUGCGAAGGUCCGAACCUUAGCACUCUCCACACAGCUCACAUUUGUGCGCUCUUU